CCGCCGCGCCUCUCGCCCCGGUCGCCAUCUUGGCUGAGGGCAGCUGCGGCUUCAUCUCGGCUUCACCCCGCUAGGCGCCCGCCAGCUUGGCUGAGGGCACCAACGCAACGCGGUGGAGGGCGGAAAAAAAAAACCCAACCCAACACUAAAAACACGCAGGAGCGGCUUGAGACCCGCAGCUGCUCCCGCGAGAGGCGGGGCGGGGUUGAGGGGGGGCCGUCACGGGACUAGCGGUAGUGCGGCGCCUCCGCCGCGCCGUCAGCUGCCGGGCACCCUGCGAGGCCAUGGGGAGGAUCGGGCUGCAGCUGCGCGCCACGCUGGAGAACAUCACCCGCCUGCGGGCCGAGGGGGAGGACUUCCGCUGGUACCUCAAGCUGAAAUGUGGGAACUGUGGUGAAGUUUCUGAAAAAUGGCAGUAUCUGCGAUUGAUGGACAGUGCUCCCCUGAAAGGAGGCAGAGGAAGUGCCACUAUGGUGCAGAAAUGCAAGCUGUGCUCCAGGGAGAACUCCAUUGAUAUUUUAAGUCAGACAAUCAAACCUUACAACGCUGAAGACAGUGAGAAAUUCAAAACAAUAGUGGAGUUUGAAUGCCGAGGUUUGGAACCGGUUGACUUUCAACCACAGGCAGGGUUUGCUGCUGAAGGUGCAGAAUCUGGCACACCUUUCAAUGACAUAAACUUGUUGGAAAAGGAUUGGAACGACUAUGACGAAAAAACAAAGGAAUCUGUUGGAAUCUAUGAAGUUACCCAUAAAUUUGUAAAAUGCUGAAGUACAUACCCCUAAGCACAUCAGGAUUUAUUAUUAAUGAAGUAGCUGUAAUCAUCAGAGGUGUAGUUUUCUUGGAGCUACUUUUCACAUGGCUGUACUUCAGAAACAGAAACCUAAGUUGUACUUACUGUCCCUGGGACAUCCUAAUUAAAUAUUUUCCAGAGAGCA